UAUGAUAUGACCAAGUACAGACUAGAGACUGCGGAGGCGUCGUUGUGAGAGUGAAAGGGAAGCGCUGCUUACCAGCGUCGGUUUCUCAGUAAGCCGUCAUUGAGAAUGGAGGAGGGACGCUGCAAGUUCUGGCUCCCCAAGAAAAAUCGAUUCUGUUCGAACAGACGUCUCAGCGAUUCCCUGUUCUGCGGAAACCACAACCCUAAGUCUGAAGAACAGAGGGUUACAUGUCCACUAGACCCCUCUCAUUCUGUACUGCAAGAAAAUUUAGAAUCACAUCUGAGAAGAUGCCCGUUUCUGAAACAACUCCAAUCCUUGAAACAACAACCUUUCUACAAAAAGGGAAUCAAUGGCGGAAGAGAUGAUGACGUUGAUGAUGUGAAAGUCAAUUCGAAAGAUGCCGAAAACUUCACCUUUUCAAAUAAAGAGCUGCCUCUUCCCUCGGAUGACAUUACCUCAAACAUGAAGAGGAAUGCAGUAUAUAACAUGACCGUCCCAGAAUUUUCCCAACUGAUGAGAAAGAUAGAAUCGAUUCACAGUUCUAUCAGUUCGGAGAUUCACGAGUUGUAUAACAUACCUGAAGUUUGUGGCAUAUGGAUUAAUAAAGGAAUAGAUCGGAAGUUGCCGUUCCAAGAGAAACAUGUUCUGCAACAGGCGUCGAUUCUCGGGAACUUGGCAGACUUUGGAAUAUUGGAAAAUCCUGUUGGGAACAUAGUUUGUCCAAACAUUGCAGAACCUUUGUACUCCAAUGGGUCGUCCGGGGAUAAGGUCCCAGCCGUCGUUGAGUUUGGGGCAGGGAGAGGAUACCUAACACAAAUACUUGCAGACUGUUACGGUAUCAAGAAAGUGUUUUUAGUCGAACGGAAGUCUUACAAGCUCAAGGCUGAUCGAAGUCUACGACAAACAGAGAACUUGACUUUAGAGCGUUUGAGAAUUGACAUAGAGGAUUUGAAUUUGGAUGCUGUUGAAUCUUUGAGGGGAGUUCCUUACCUGGCGAUUGGGAAACAUCUCUGUGGGCCUGCAACAGAUUUGACCUUAAGGUGUUGCCUUCCUAAACAAAGUCAAGAAGAUAAAGCUACACAUUCAACUUGUAGUCGUUACCUGAGAGGCCUUGCUAUUGCGACAUGUUGUCAUCAUCUUUGUCAAUGGAAACACUACAUAAAUAAAAGAUAUUUUUUAAAUCUGGGGAUCAGAAAGGAUGAUUUUCAUGCAAUCACGUGGUUUACCAGCUGGGCAGUAGAUGCAGAUCAUGGCUCAGAUCUUUCUAAUUCAUUAGACCAUGGAUUACACCCACUUUCCAUCUGCGUGAAGAAAUAUUGUGGCGUUGGUGCUCAGGGAGUUGAAGAGAUUGUGAAAAAUAUGGAGGCGAUGGACAGGGCAGUGUUGGGUUUGAUGUGCAAGGAGAUCAUUGACAUGGGGCGGAUAAUGUGGCUUAAGGAGCAGGGCCUUGCAACGAAGCUUACCAAGUAUGUACCAUCCAAUAUCUCACCAGAAAACCAUCUACUUAUUGCCAAGAACAGAUAUUGCUUGUAAGAUAUGGAGGCGAUUCUUCUUUCUUUUGCUAGUUUUAUAAGCUCAUCCAUGUUGUCAUGAAAUUAAAUAACUACAAUGAUUCGAAUUUGAGAAGGAACUAACCAUUCAUAUUUUGAGAGAAGUAAAUGAAAGUGUUGAACAGAGCUUUCUGUGUUGGUUAGAAUUAAAACAUUCAUUUCUCGU